CAGCUACCCCACCGGAAGCGGAAGUGCCUGAGAGAGACUAGAUUGGAAACCCUAGUCAUAGUGGUGAUACAGAUAGCGCUAUGGCGGCCUCGAGUCUCCCGCCGCUGCCCUCGCAGCUGAAGCCCGUCCAGCAUUUCCUGAGGACCGCGCAGGAGCUCGAGAAGCGCGAGCCUGUGGUGGCCUAUUACUGCCGUUUGUAUGCUAUGCAGGCAGGUAUGAAGAUUGAUAGUAAAAAUCCAGAAUGUCGCAAAUUUUUGUGCAAGCUCAUGGAUCAACUUGAAGCUAUGAAGAAGCAGCUGGGUGAUAAUGAAGCUGUUACUCAGGAAAUAGUUGGUUGUGCCCAUGUGGAGAAUUAUGCUUUGAAAAUGUUUCUUUAUGCAGAUAAUGAAGAUCGAGCUGGGCGGUUUCACAAAAACAUGAUUAAGUCUUUUUAUACUGCAAGCCUCCUAAUAGAUGUACUGACUGUGUUUGGAGAACUAACAGAUGAGAAUGUUCAGCACAGAAAAUAUGCCAGAUGGAAGGCAGCUUAUAUUCAUAAUUGUCUAAAGAAUGGAGAGACUCCACAGUCUGGACCUAUUGGAUUGGAAGGAGAAUUCUAUGAUGAAAAUGAGGACGUUAGCUCUCCAGCUUUACCUAACCAAGAAUCACAACCAUCAUCAUCCACCUUUGACGUGCCCACAAGCAACGUGCCCACAAGCAAUUACACUGGCAUACAAAUCCCACCUGGUGCUCAUGCUCCAGCUAACACUCCUGCUGAAGUGCCUCACAGCACAGGUGUUACAAGCAGUACAGUUCAACCCACUCCUCAAAAUAUUCCAAUUGUAGACCCUUCACUUUAUAAUGUCCAGCCUGGAGGGGAAACUCGUUUGACUCCUGAAGACUUUGCCAAGGCCCAGAAAUACUGCAAAUAUGCUGGCAGUGCUUUGCAAUAUGAAGAUGUAAGCACUGCUGUGCAGAAUCUACAAAAAGCCCUCAAGCUGCUGACUACAGGCAAAGAAUGAGGUCUUUGUCUUUGACUGAUGCUUAAAGAACUAACAGUCGAUUACUCCUACCUUCAACCUGUCAAACAAACACAGUUACACAAAACUUUUUGAUUUCUCUGACAAGAAAACAAAAUCUGCUUCUGUAUCAGAUUCUUUCUACAGUCUGGAGCUAUGGCCUGCCUUUACUUCUUGACAAAGUAACAGGAACCAUCUGAGGAAAAUGAUUUGAACUCACAGUGCAAGUUCUGAGUACAGUACUUCUGAUCCAUUGAUGUGAACUGUCCAGACCUUUAUGCUAUUGUUUUUUUUUUUAUAAUUUUGAGGUGUGAGGGUGGAGGUAUUUGCCACAAGUAUCAAACAAAAUUGUUUGGAAAUGCAAUUUAAGGGGUAAGUUCACAAUAUAAGAAGAGGAGGAAUAUACCAUCAGAUUCUGUUGUAACAGAAGGAGAAAGCAGGAGACAUUUUCUUAGGUGCUGUUAAAUCAAUGUAGAAAAAGUAGGUAGUAUUUGUAAGAUAUUUUGGGAAAACCAUCCUAAUAAUUUGUGAUUGCAGCAUUCAGUCAAGCUGUAUGAUCUGCUGUGUUUGGUUUUUUUUUUCUCUUUGUGGGUAUAAAAGAAAGAUGCAUCCAAAAUCUAAAACCCAGCUGCUGAUAGUUUCAACUCUAUACCUUACAAAAAAGCCAUUGUUCUAAUUAAAUAUCUCAACUAUGGUGUUGAGCUGUUCACAGUAUAUUUUAUUUGUGUCCAUUCCCAAACAGUAAAUUUGCUGCAUAAAUCAAAAUUUUCAACUAAUGCUGGAUUAUAGAUAACAUUAAAACAUAUUUGACCCUUUACAUGUAAUGCUGAAUUCUUAAUAUAAUUUCAAAAUGUAUAUGUAUAUAUAUAUAUAUAGUUUUAACAAUGAAUAAAAUAGUCCAGUUUCAAACACAUAGUUCUUGUUGAUGUA